AUGUCUACCGUUACCCCCUCUGCCCUGCAGUCAGGGCAGGCUCCGAUCAUCCCCCUCACCUUCAACGCGAACCAGCCUCAGACGAUCCGGCUCUACCCGCUGUCCAACUACACCUUUGGCGUUAAAGAGACGCAACCGGAGGAGGACCCGUCGGUGAUCGCGCGCCUGAAGCGCCUCGAGGAGCACUACAGCGAGCACGGCAUGCGGCGCACCUGCGAGGGCAUCCUCGUCUGCCACGAGCACAACCACCCCCACAUCCUCAUGCUGCAGAUCGCCAACGCCUUCUUCAAGCUGCCGGGCGACUACCUGCGGCCGGAGGACGAGGAGCUCGGCGGGUUCAAGUCGCGGCUGGACGAGCGGCUCGCCCCCGUCGGUAGGCUCGGCGAGGGCGAGGAGGCUGGUGACUGGCAGGUCGGCGACUGUCUCGCGCAGUGGUGGCGGCCCAACUUUGAGACCUUCAUGUACCCCUUCGUGCCGGCCCACGUCACUCGGCCCAAGGAGUGCAAGAAGCUGUACUUUAUCCAGCUUCCCGAGUCUAAAAUUCUGAGCGUACCCAAGAACAUGAAGCUAUUGGCAGUCCCCCUCUUCGAGCUCUACGACAAUACCGCACGAUACGGCCCUCAGCUCUCUGCUAUCCCCCACCUCCUGAGCCGAUACAACUUUGAGUUUGUCGAUGAGAACGGCAAUGUCGUGGCCGCUACUCCGGGCUCGGCGGCACCUGAGGGUUACGUGCCCCAUACCAAGCUCCUUGCCGGAGGAGAGGACGUCCACAUGAAUGGUGAGGGUGAGGGUGAGGGUGAGGGUGAGGGUGAGGGUGCUGCGGAGUAG